AUGGGCCGUGAAGGUUUUGCAUAUAAGGCUCGAAUCUCCAGUUCACAAGCUGUGAUCAUUGACAAUGGCUCUGGACUGUGCAAAUCUGGGAUUUCUGGGGAAAUUAGCCCACGGCACGUCAUUGCCACUGUCUUUGGCUGCCCCAGAAGCAAGCUCCCUCUUUCCAAGGCUAAACAGAAAGAAUGCUAUGUGGGAUUUGAAGCCCAACACAGGCAGGAAGUUCUGUCGUUGAGAUACCCCAUUGAAGCGGGCGUUAUUACUUCAUGGGAGGAGAUGGAGAAGAUCUGGAAGUACAUCUAUGACAAAGGAUUGGGGAUGAAAGCAUUUGAGAGGCCUCUGCUAAUGACGGAGUCUCCACUGAAUCCGAAAGAGGACCGAGCCAAGCUCACCCAGCUGAUGUUUGAAUAUUUUAAGGUACCUGCCUUCUAUCUCUCCAUCCAAGCCAUCCUCUCGCUGUACGCUUCAGCACGUUACACGGGGAUAGUCAUGGAUUGUGGUUUUGGAGUCAGCCAUGCCGUACCAGUAUACGAGGGAUACUGUUUGCCCCAUGCUGUCUGCCGGCUGGACCUUGGAGGCCGAGACAUCACGCAGUUCCUGAGAGAACUUCUUCUGGAAAACAGGCAAUACUUCUGGAACUUUCCAGAAGCGAACAACAUUGUGGAGGACAUCAAAGUCAAGUUGUGUUUUGUGACACUAGAUGCCCGCCACCGAGAGAGCAAGUACUCAGAAGAGCUCCCCAAAGAAUACAAGCUUCCUGAUGGAAACAGGAUCAAAAUUGGAGACCCGCUCUAUCUGGCUCCAGAGAUCCUUUUCACCCCAAGAAACAUCAACCACAACGGUCAAGGCCUCCACAGACUUGUUGCCCAAAGCAUCAAAAAAUGUGACCCCAGCCUCCGUAACGUGCUGUAUUGCAAUGUACUGAUUUCGGGGGGCUCCUCCCUUUUUCCAGGUUUAGAUGAGAGGAUGUUCAAAGGGCUGGAAAGCGAGGCCCCUCAGGGUGUCCCCAUCAAGGUCAUCGCACCCCCAGAUCGAUGGUUCUCAGCAUGGAUCGGGGCUUCUAUCAUCACAUCCUUGAGCACCUUCAAGCAGAUGUGGGUCACUGCUGCAGAUUACCGAGAGUAUGGACCAAAUAUUGUCCACCGACGAUGCUAUUAA